AUGGCGCGCCUACUGUUCGUCGUGUCGUUCGCCGUCCUGCUGGCGGUGGCGUCCGCAGGACAAUCCGUCGUGACGGGACCCAGCAACCCCGCGGUCAACCUGGACAAUGCCAAGGGCGCGAAUGGCGUGGCUACGGAGGUCCCUCCUGGCAUCGAGAAGGCGGCGGCCGCCGGCGGGCUUGACAAGUUUGAGGGCAUGACCAUCGUGAGCCCGAGCACGGACAGUGUGCUGAUGGUGGACGUGAAAGUGGCCGGAUGGAACAAAAUGAAGUGCCACAAGGACCUGGGCAAGCCCGGGGACGGCGCGUGCACGCCCGCCAACUGCAGCAAGGGCGGCAUCGCCGCCAAGUGGAAGACAUCGAACCUGCUCAAGAACAAGCUGGGUGUGGAGGUGUACGUGAAGGGCAACCCUCUCACGCUCAAGAAGGCGUCCCCGCAGACGUGCUGCAACACGUGCGCGGGAUACGCUGGCUGCACGUACUGGCAGUACAUCCCCGACAUCACGAUCGACGGCAAGAAGACGGAGGGCGCGUGCUACCUGGUGCACGACAACAUCGACUACUCGUGCGGCGAGCUGACGGCGCAGUACGCGACGGACUCGAAGCCGGUUCAUCUGCAGGUGCGCACGGGCGGCGAGUGCAACCCCGCGGGACACAUCAAGGACGACCCGCAUCUGGUGGGCGCGUACGGCACGCACUUCGACUUCAACGGGCGCCCCGACAAGGCGUUCUGCCUGCUGACGGACAAGGACCUGCACGUGAACAUGCUGCUGCGCGGGUACUACUCGGACGACACGGAGAAUGCGGCUCUCGUUGUGGACGGCAAGGCCGUGCACACGUGGAUCAAGGAGCUGGGCAUCGUGUGGUUCGCCAACGGCGCCGACCACAAGGUGCGGCUCGCGGCGCGCUCUGGCAAGAAGCAGGAGCGCGGUGAUGGGUUCAUGAAGACGAUCGAGAUCGACGGCGAGGAGAUCCCGAGGAUGAGCGUGGGUGACGAGGUGACUACCGAGGGCGGUCUGACUCUGCGAUUCGCGGCUCUGGAGAAGGAGGGCCCGUAUGACGUGGACUACUACACGCUCGUCAUCGACGGGCUUGUGACGCUCGACCUGCGUCUGCGUGUCGCCAACCCCAAGCUGCAGACGCCCACCGAGGCCGAGGCGCACAUUAAUGUCGGGAUCGUUGAGAUGGAGCACACCGACGACGUGCACGGCGUGCUCGGCCAGACGUACCGCCCCGACCACGCUGCGCGCGCCGCCGACUUCCAGAAGAUGAUCGCGACCCUGCACCGUCCGAUCUCAGCAGAAAGCACCGAGGGUGCUGGGUUCCUGGACGGCACUCCCCGUAUGUACGAGUCGAGCUCCGUGCUAUCCGUGGACUGCGCGUACACCGACGAAUCUCGCCGUCGAUUCCUCACCUGCUCUGCGCGCGCACGGAAAAUCGGCGCUGAGGAAGUUUCCGCCGAACGCUCUUCUCCUUCCGCCGACGCAAAAACAGCUGCAGACGGGGAGAAUGUAGCUGAGAAUACGGCGGCGGGGGAUACGGAGAAGAAGGCGGAGGAUGCAGGGAAGAAGGCGGAGGAUGCGGGGAAGAAGGCGCAGAAGCGGGGGAAGGAGCUGGAGAAACGCUUGCGCCGGUUGCGGGAAGUAAUGGCGGAAGUGGAUGGGGGGAAGGGCGUCGACGCCUUUAUCAUCCCGUCGGAAGACCCGCACCAGAGCGAGUACAUGGCGCCGUGCUUCGAGCGCCGCGCGUUCAUCUCGGGCUUCACGGGCUCCGCGGGCACGGCGGUGGUCACGCGCGAGCGCGCGCUGCUGUGGACGGACGGGCGCUACUUCCUGCAGGCGGAGCAGCAGCUUCCGCCGGGCUGGGACCUCAUGCGCGCGGGCAUGCCCGGCGUGCCCUCCGUCGCGGACUGGCUGGCGGAAGCUCUCCCCGCGGGCAGCCGAGUGGGGGUGGACCCGGUAAGUGGAAUGGAGGAUGGGAAAAAGGGGCGAGUGGGGGUGGACCCGUUUGUGCACUCGGCAGACAAAGUGAGGGGCCUGGCGGACACGCUUGCAGCGUGCGUAUGUGUUCAUCCUUCCCCCUCUUCUUUCCCUCCCCCCUCCCUCUUUCGCCUUCAGUUUGUGCAUUCGGCUGAAAACGUGAGGGGCCUGGCGGACACGCUGGCAGCGUCGUCGUCCGUGGUGGUGCCGCUGCUGCGCGAGAGCAACCCCGUUGACGUGGUUUGGGGCGCGGAGCGCCCCCCGCCCCCAUCAGCGCCCAUGAGGGUGCACCCGAUCGAGUUCGCGGGGCAGACGGUGAGGGCGAAGCUGCAGCAGCUGCGGGCGGAGAUGAGAGACGCCGGUGACACGGCGCUGCUGGUGUCGGCUCUGGAUGAAGUCGCAUGGCUGCUCAACGUGCAGCUGCAGGCGGAGAUGAGAGACGCUGGCGCCACGGUGCUGCUGGCGUUGGCUCUGGAUGAGGUCUCAUGGCUGCUCAACGUGGUGCCACAAACGGCCUCCCUGCCACACGGGGCUCGCCUGUGGCUGGACCCUUCCUCCGCCUCCUCUGCGGUCCUCUGCUCUGUUGAAGCCGCCUGCGCUCAGUACUACGAACAGAGAGCGUCAGGGAAGGGAGGGUUUGGGGGAAAGAAGGGGAAGAAGGGCGAGAAGGGGGAGAAAAAGAGCAAGGAGGGGAAGGGAGGGAAGGGGAAGGAGGAGCGAGGGGGAGCAGGCGGGGAGGAAGUGGAAGGGCCGGCAGUGCUCAGCCGAACCACCCCCAUCUCUCUGGCCAAGGCGCUGAAGAACGAGUCUGAGAUUGAGGGGAUGAAGAACGCGCACAUUAGGGAUGCGGUGGCAAUGGCGCAUUUCUGGGAGUGGGCGGAGAGGGCGGUGGUGGAGGAGGGGAGGGCGGUGACAGAGGUGGAGCUGGGGGAGAGGCUCGAGGCGUUCCGCGCACAGCAGGAGGGGUUCCUCGAUACCAGCUUUGAUACCAUUGCAGGUUCGGGCAAGAACGGGACGAUCAUUCACUACCGAGCCGAGGAGGACAACUGUGCGGUGGUGGAUCCUUCCAGGAUGCUUCUGCUGGACAGCGGAGCACAGUAUGUGGACGGCACAACAGACAUCACGCGCACUGUUCACUUCGGGACGCCCUCCGACUAUGAGAAGGAGUGCUACACACACACGCGUGCUGCAGGUGAGGGGUGCUGUGAGGGCCAUAUCGCGCUAGAUUGUGCGGUGUUCCCCCAGGGCACGCCCGGAUUUUCCCUGGACAUUCUGGCCCGCAAGGCAUUGUGGGGCAUGGGGCUGGACUGCCUUCACGGCACGGGGCAUGGCGUGGGCGCUGGGCUGAACGGCCACAUAGCACUAGAUUGUGCUGUGUUCCCCCAGGGCACGCCCGGGUUCGUUCUCGUCAUUCUGGCCCGAAAGGCACUGUGGUCCAUGGGCUUGGACUACCGGCACUGUGGUCCAUGGGCUUGGACUACCGGCACUGUGGUCCAUGGGCUUGGACUACCGGCACUGUGGUCCAUGGGCUUGGACUACCGGCACUGUGGUCCAUGGGCUUGGACUACCGGCACUGUGGUCCAUGGGCUUGGACUACCGGCACUGUGGUCCAUGGGCUUGGACUACCGGCACUGUGGUCCAUGGGCUUGGACUACCGGCACUGUGGUCCAUGGGCUUGGACUACCGGCACUGUGGUCCAUGGGCUUGGACUACCGGCACUGUGGUCCAUGGGCUUGGACUACCGGCACUGUGGUCCAUGGGCUUGGACUACCGGCACUGUGGUCCAUGGGCUUGGACUACCGGCACUGUGGUCCAUGGGCUUGGACUACCGGCACUGUGGUCCAUGGGCUUGGACUACCGGCACUGUGGUCCAUGGGCUUGGACUACCGGCACUGUGGUCCAUGGGCUUGGACUACCGGCACUGUGGUCCAUGGGCUUGGACUACCGGCACUGUGGUCCAUGGGCUUGGACUACCGGCACUGUGGUCCAUGGGCUUGGACUACCGGCACUGUGGUCCAUGGGCUUGGACUACCGGCACUGUGGUCCAUGGGCUUGGACUACCGGCACGGCACGGGGCACGGCGUGGGCGCGGGGCUGAACGUGCACGAGGGGCCGCAGAGCAUCAGCCCGCGCUUUGGCAACCCGACUCCUCUGCAGGCCGGCAUGGUUGUUAGCAACGAGCCGGGGUUCUACCACGAUAACCAGUUCGGGAUCAGAAUCGAGAACCUUCUUGUGGUGAGGGAGCAGCAGACGCGGUGUCGAUUUGGUGGCACAACGUAUCUGGGAUUUGAGUGCCUCACGCUCUUUCCAAUUCAGACGAAGCUAGUGAGUGUGGAGCUAUUGAGCGAUGCAGAGGUGAAGUGGAUCAACGACUAUCACCAGCGCGUCUGGGACACUGUCUCCCCUCUGCUGUCCGGAGCACCCCUGCAGUGGUUACAGCGUAACACUCAGCCCAUCUCUCAAAACCAGGCCCCACAGAAACCUGCAGCGGCUAGAGGGGCAAAAGCAGGAGCCAGAGGAGGAGCUAAGGCAGCAGCCAAGGCUGCUGCAGCCAGCUAA